GUGUGAAAAACCUGUCCGUCUGCUUAAUUCUUCCAGCCUUAACUUGGUGGGUUCUUUAGCAUCAACAUCACUUUGUGAAUGCACUUUAGCCUGAAUGGGACCAUCAAAAUUUCUCCAGUUUUGGUGUGGAUGCACUAUCUCAAAAUACAAUAAUUGCAGAAAGAGCAGCACAUUAGUUAGACUAAAGGCAGAACAUAUUUUCAGCACAAGUCAGUGCAAUCAUUCGAGAGGCAACACUGAUCCCGAGGCAACUGCUGUGAAAUGGACGAUCUAGAUAGAUAGAAGGUGUACCUGCAUGGGGGAGCUCAGAAAGUUCGGGCUCCUUUAGGAGCUCAACAUGCCAUCACGUCUUGUUGGGGCGCCGGAAACUAAGCUCUGAUUGAUGGACCUCACGGAGAAGGAUAAGGAGGAGCCGUCGAGGAAAAGGAGGGAGACAAGGAAGGUGCUGGAUCCUGUCAGGAUUGCGGGGAAGAAGAGGAGGAACAAUGAUGACAGGAUUCUUGAGGAGGAUUACAAGAAUGUCUUAAUCGACAAUCCAACCACAGCCACAGUUUCUGAUCCUGUUAUUGAAUCAAGUGCCAAAAAUGAAGUCGAGCAAUCUGGUGCUCAACUGCCAGUCCUUGAGGAUAUCUCGAGGCUGUUUGAUGGUUCGGUGAGUUCUUCAUUGGGCGCCAUGAGACCCCUUGUUGAGAAGCUUGGCAUACUGCUAGCUCCUGCUCAGGAACACUACAAGAGGUUGCCCAAGAGGAUCAAGGAGGGGGUGCACCUUCUCAAGGAUGAUGUUGAGGUGAUAAGCUCCUACCUUGAUGAACUGUCAGAGUUGGAGGACCCUCCCCCGGUGGCCAUAUGCUGGAUGAAUGAGGCACGCGAUUUGUCUUACGAUAUGGUAGAUUACAUUGACAGCUUAUUAUUUGUGCCGCCUGACCGUUUCAUCAAAAAGAGGCUUAAGUGGUACAAACAAAUUGCAUUCAUAGCGCAGGUGUCAGAACAUGGUACCAAGACCAGUAAAAUCAUUCAUGUUAAUGUCCCUCGUCUUCCCAGUAAGCCCAAGAUUGCAGAAACAAUAUCGGAAUUCAGGAUCUAUGUCCAGGAGGCUUUUGAACGGCACGACAGGUAUAAGCUCCAGUGUUGCAGCACCUUGAGGAGGCGUAGAUUCUUGUCCGCUGGCAGUAUGCUUCCAAUGCCCUAUGAUGAAGUUGCACAAAUUGUAAUCGAUGGGCGUAUGAAUGAGUUUAUCUGCUCACUGGCCGCUAAUGAUACGGCAGGUCAGCAGCAGCUCAAGGUGGUAUCUGUUCUUGGAUCUGGGUGUCUUGGUAAAACUACACUUGCCAAUGUGUUGUAUGAAAGAAUUGAGAUGCAAUUCGAAUGCAGAGCUUUCAUCCGAGUGUCCAGAAAGUCUGAUAUGAAGAGACUUUUCAGUGACUUGUUCUCGCAACUCCACAAGAAGCAGCCACUACCUGCCAGCUGUAAUGAGCUUGGCAUCAGCGACAAUACCAGCAAACAUCUGCAACAUAAAAGGUAUCUAAUUGUUAUUGAUGAUUUGUGGGAUGCAUCAGUGUGGGAUAUUAUUAAAUAUGCUUUUCCAAAUGGAAACUGUGGCAGCAGAAUAAUAAUAACUACACAGAUUGAAGAUGUUGCAUUAACAUGUUGCUGUGAUCAUACAGAGCAUGUUUUCGAGAUGAAACCUCUCGAUGAUGCUCACUCAAGAAUGCUAUUCUUUAACAGGCUUUUUGGUUCGGAAAAUGACUGUCCAGCAGAAUUCAAACAAGUUUCAAACGAAAUUAUUGAUAUAUGUGGUGGUUUGCCACUAGCGACAAUGAACAUAGCUAGUCAUUUGGCGAACCAGCAAACAGCAGUUUCACUGGAUUUGCUUACAUACAUACGUGAUUCGUUGAGAUCCCAUUUGUGGUCAAGUUCUACUUCAGAAAGAACGAGACAAGUACUGACACUCAGCUACAAUAAUCUCCCUCAUUAUCUGAAGACAUGUUUGUUGUAUCUUCACAUGUAUCCAGAGGGCUCCAUAAUCUGGAAGGAUGAUCUUUCGAUGCAAUGGGUAGCUGAAGCCUCCAUCGUUACACAAAAAGGGAAAGGGCAAUAUCAAGACCGGUUGAAGAAAGCUGCAGGAAUCUGUUUUGAUGAACUUAUUGAUAGAAGAUUCAUCCAACCUUCAUAUAUCAACUACAACAAUGAGGUAUUGUCCUGUACGGUCCAUGAUGUAGUACGUGAACUUAUUGCACACAAGUCUGCAGAAGAGAAUUUCAUUGUGGUAGUAGACUACAAUCGAAAGAAUAUAGCACUUUCCCAUAAGGUUCGCCGACUAUCUCUCAUCUUUGGUGAUGCAAAAUAUGCCAAGACACCAGAAAACAUCACAAAGUCACAGGUUCGAUCACUCAGAUUUUUUGGAUUAUUCGACUGUAUGCCUUGUAUUAGAGAUUUCAAGGUUCUUCGUGUCCUAAAUCUUCAACUAUCUGGUCAUUGUGGCCUCCAUGACCCCAUAGACCUCACUGGGAUUUCAGAGCUGUUUCAGCUAAGAUAUUUGAAGAUUGCAAGUGAUGUUUGCAUAAAACUACCAAACCAUAUACGAGGGCUGCAAUGUUUGGAAACGCUGGAUGUUAUGGAUGCAACAAGAGUCACUGCUAUUCCAUGGGAUAUUAUACAUCUCCCACACUUGUUCCACCUGGCUCUUCCGGUUGACACAAAUCUGCUAGGCACCAUGACUGAUUCCGUCGUCAGUCUGUGGAGCCUUUGCAAGCUGAACUACCUGCAAGAUCUUUAUCUUACCAUUUCUUCUACACCUUGUUCUGGCCAUCCGGAGAAAAACAUGGAAUCUCUAGGCUCUUUACUAGAAGGACAUGGCAGCCUGAAAAAUAUAGUCGUGUCUCAUGGCCCAUCGGUUAAAGAUAUUGUGGUUCCCGGUGCCUCAAAAGUAAUCAUUUCCUGGGAUGACUUGGAGCCUCCCCCUCUUCUCCAGAGAUUUGAAUGCUCGCCACACAGCUGCGUCAUAUUUUCCCAAAUUCCUAAAUGGCUUAAAGAACUUGGUAACCUGUGCAUUCUGAAGAUGGCAGUAAUGGAACUGCAGAUGAGUUCUGUUGAUAUUCUCAGAGGAUUGCCUGCCCUCAUUGAUCUGUCGCUGUAUGUGCAGUGGGCACCAGGUGAAAGGAUCAUCUUUGACAAGGCGGCCGGGUUCUCAGUUCUCAAGUACUUCAAAUUGAGGUGCACAAGUGGUAUCCCGUGGCUAAAAUUUGAGGCGGAUGCAAUGCCUAAUCUCUGGAAGCUCACGCUAGGUUUCAAUGCCAUUCCCCGAAUGGACCAACAUCAACUAAUCCGCAUCGAGCAUAUGCCAGACCUUAAAGAGAUCUCCGUAAAAUUUGGGGGUGCAGCUGCUCAUAUAGAGUAUGCCGUGAGGUCUGUCGUUAGUAAUCAUCCAAGAAAUCCUACAAUCAACAUGCAAUUGGUGAAUUCUAGUUCCUAUGGUGAUGAAAGCACAGAACAGAGCCUUCCAAUAAACUGGGCUCCCGAGUCAUGUGCGGCCGAUGCGGUUGCUGAUGUGGAGCCACUCCGUCGCCUCUCUGACAACCUCGCCACAGCCUUCCACUCACCGGAUGACUUCGCCUUCCUUGCCGAUAUGUGCAUUGCCAUGCCCGGCGCGCCCGACCUGCACGUGCACCGCUACAUGCUCUCUGUGCGGAGUCCCUUCCUCCACGCAUUCUUCGCACGCCGUGCCUCUGUGGAGGGCAACAGGUUGGAACUCUGGGAACUUCUGGGCGAGAAGGUGGAGGUCGGGUAUGAGGCACUGCAGCUAGUGCUCGAGUACCUGUACAGCGCCCGCUUCCAUGUCCUUCCCAGGCCGGCAUGUGUCUGCGUCGACAUGGAUGGUUGCGCGCACGUCAGCUGCCACCCCGUCAUCUCCUUCAUGGUGCAGGUCCUCUUUGUUACAUUCACCUUCCAGAUCACCGAGCUCACCAACUACUUCCAGCGGCAUCUCCUUGAUGUCCUUGAUGAUGUUGAAGUGGAUAACCUUCCAUUGAUAUUAUCUGUUGCAAACUUGUGCAAUAAAUCUUGCAUGAAACUGCUCGAUAGAUGCCUUGAGAUGGUAGUCCGGUCAAAUCUUGAGAUGAUUACUCUUGAGAAAGCAUUGCCUCCAGAUGUUAUGAAGCAAAUUACUGAUGCACGGCUAAGUCUUGGGUUAGUUUCACCUGAAGACAAGGGAUUUCCUUACAAACAUGCAAGAAGGAUACUCAGAGCUCUUGACUCUAGUGAUGUGGAGCUGGUGAGGAUGCUGCUCAAGGAAGGGCAGACUAACCUUGAUGAUGCAUUUGCAUUGCACUAUGCUGUAGAACAUUGUAACUCAAAGAUCACAACUGAACUUCUGGACAUUGCACAUGCAAAUGUCAAUCACAGAAAUCCAAGAGGUUAUACUGUUCUUCACAUUGCUGCCAGGCGAAGAGAUCCUAAAAUUCUUGUCUCUCUUUUAACCAAAGGUGCUCGGCCUUCUGAUCUUACAUUUGAUGGAAGAAAAGCAAUUCAAAUAGCAAAGAGACUCACAAAACAUAGGGAUUACUUUGGGAUUACUGAAGAAGGAAAACCGUCUCCUAAAGAUAGGUUAUGCAUUGAGGUACUGGAGCAAGCUGAAAGAUGGGAUCCACAAGUUGGAGAAGCAUCGGUUUCUCUUGCAAGGGUUGGUGACUGUGAACCUGGAAAGUUGUUGUACCUUGAAAACCGAGUUGGUUUGGCAAGGAUACAUUUUCCAGUCGAGGCAAGAGUAGCAAUGGACAUUGCUCAACUGGAUGGUACUUCGGAAUUUAUCCUUGGUUCUAGUGCAGAUCCACCUCCAGAGAUACAACAGGCAACUGUUGAUCUAAAUGAAACUUCUUUGAUAAUGAAUGACGAACACUUGGCUCGGAUGAGGGCCCUCUCCAAAACAGUUGAACUUGUUAGGCGCUUCUUUCCGCGUUGUUCGAAUGUGCUGGACAAGAUCAUGGAUGAUGAAUCUAAGCUGGCUUCUCUCGGAAAAGAAGCAUCCAUGGAGAAGAGGAGGUUCCAUGACGUGCAUGACUCGCUUCAGAAGGCAUUCAGCGAGGACAAGGAGUCGUCUUGUUUGACAAGUUUAUAGCUCCAAUGCCGAUGGGUGACAUGAAAAGCAGCCAAAAUGCAUGUCUGGAUUAUAGUACAAUAUAUCAGAUUGGAGUACAACUGGAAAGCAGCCAGGAGGCAAUAGUCAAGGAGUGCUCCUUAGAAAAGGAACGAGUGAAUGCUUCGUGUGCUCUCCGCGCGCGACAAAUGGUGCACGCGGAGCUCUCCCGCGCGCGCAAACCAACCAAAGUGGUUGGUUUCUGGUUUUUCCUUUCCGGUUUAUGGACAGUUCGACCCCCUAUUACCUAGUGGCAGUGUGUGACCAACAUAUAAGGGGAGGCUUGCACGGCCAUAGAAAUGCUAGAAGCACACGUAAAGGAAGCACAUUGCACCUAAAGCGCGUGCUCAUGUGAAAAUUCACGUGGACUUAGGACUUUGGACGCUUGACGCGACGAUGGUCUAGGGCGAGCUGAGCUGAUGAUAUAUUCCGAAACGACUCUUUCAUGACCGCGCAUUGCAGCGAACUAAUUACAAUAUCUAUCUUUCAAAAUCUAUCUUUCAAAAUCUAUCUUUCAAAAUAUAUAUCUUUCAAAGAUUCACUGAAAAGACAGUUGGCGGGUCUCUUUGUAUGUCUUGUCCGGAAAGAGGAGGACUUAAUGAUUAUUCGUUCGCCGGAACCAGAAGUAAAAAUUGUUGGCUUAAACCUAUAACCAUCUUUCGGCUAACCUAGCCUCCUCCGUCCCUCCGUACCAACAAGGGGUAGUACAGGAAUAUUGACCUGUUGUCCAUCGACUACGCCUUUCGGCCUGAUCUUAGGCCCUGACUCACCCUCCGUGGACGAACCUUGCGGAGGAAACCUUGGGUUUUCGCCCACUUGGAUAUUGAGCAUUUACCCAUAAGAAUAGGAUUAUUUUCAAUGAGUAGUUGUAGGUGCAACUUCGGAAAAGAGAAUCCAAUAUAAUUUCGCCUAUAAAAGAAGGAUUACUUUUCCUUGGUAAUAUAUAGGAAGAAGGGGUCAUCUUUUUCUUUUUUAGGGAUAGGAAAAUUUCGUCGAUAUGGUUCAUUUUAUAUAUAGCAUAACAAUCUUGGGCAAGAGUUUAUGAUCAUAUAUGUAUUC